UUCUGCAAUUUCCAUCCUUGUAAUUCCCUUAUAUUUCGUUUCUUUGAUUUCUCUUUUACUUUUUCAAAUUCAGAAGAAAAGGAACAAAAAUAAAAGUCUUUUUAAGUUGAAGUUUAUGAAAACGUAAAAACAUUUUAAAGAUUAAAAAAAAUGGACGAAGGGAAUCAGAAAGUGGCAAUCUAUAAGCUGUUUGCAUUUGCAGACAAGCUCGAUAAGAUUCUGAUGAUCGUCGGAAGCGUCGCGGCGUUGGCUAAUGGCCUUGCUCAGCCUCUUAUGACUCUAAUUUUUGGUCAGCUUAUUAAUUCAUUUGGGACUUCUGAUCCUUCAGGUGUUGUUCAUCAAGUGUCUCAGCUAUCUCUAAAGUUGGUGUACUUGGCCAUUGGUUCAGGCAUUGCUGCCCUAUUAGAGGUGGCAUGCUGGAUGGUGACCGGAGAAAGACAAUCAGCUCGUAUCAGAAGUUUAUAUUUAAAAACAAUAUUAAGACAAGAAAUCGGCUUCUUUGACACCGAAACGACAACCGGAGAGGUCAUCGGAAGAAUGUCAGGUGACACAUUUCUCAUUCAAGAUGCCAUGGGUGAGAAGGCAGGAAAGUUCAUACAAUUAGUAUCAACAUUUUUGGGUGGAUUUGCAAUUGCUUUUAUAAGAGGACCUUUACUUGCAGCAGUCCUACUAAGUUGUCUUCCUCCUCUAGCAAUCGUUGGUGGUUUCAUGGCUCUGGUCAUGUCUAAACUGUCGAGCCGUGGUCAAGUUGCUUAUUCAAAAGCAGGCAUUGUAGUAGAACAAACCAUUGGAGCCAUCAGAACAGUUGCGUCGUUCACGGGCGAGAAGCACGCAAUUCUGAAGUAUGAUGACAAGUUAAAGAUAGCAUACCAAUCUACAGUGCAGCAAGGAUUGGCGUCGGGUUUAGGAAUGGGAUUGAUGUUGCUUAUCAUUUUCUCCACUUACGGACUUGCCAUAUGGUUCGGAUCUAAAUUGAUUAUAAACAAAGGUUAUAACGGUGGGCAGGUUAUCACCGUUAUAAUGUCUAUUAUGACUGGCGGACUUUCGUUAGGUCAGACAUCUCCAUCGCUUAAUGCAUUUGCAGCCGCACAAGCUGCAGCGUAUAAGAUGUUUGAGACGAUCAAUCGAGUACCAAAAAUUGAUGCAUACGACAUGAGCGGGGUUGAAUUGGAAAAUAUAACUGGUGAAAUUGAACUCAAAGAUGUGCACUUCAGAUACCCUGCCAGGCCUGAUGUACAGAUCUUUUCAGGAUUUUCUCUGCGGAUUCCGAGCGGAAAAACUGCUGCUUUAGUCGGGCAGAGCGGGAGCGGAAAAUCGACAAUCGUCAGCCUUAUUGAAAGAUUUUACGAUCCUGACUCAGGUGAGGUGCUUAUAAAUGGUGUUAAUUUGAAGAAGAUAAAGCUGAGUUGGAUAAGACAGCAAAUCGGACUGGUUAGUCAAGAACCUGUAUUAUUUGCUACAAGCAUAAAGCAGAACAUUGCAUAUGGAAAACAUAAUCCAACUGAUCAGGAAAUCAGAACAGCAAUUGAACUCGCUAACGCUGCGAAAUUCAUUGACAAAAUGCCCGAGGGGCUCGACACAAUGGUAGGCGAGCAUGGUACGCAGUUAUCAGGCGGACAAAAGCAAAGAAUUGCCAUUGCAAGGGCUAUAUUAAAGAACCCGAAAAUUCUUCUCCUUGAUGAAGCAACAAGUGCACUGGAUGCUGAGUCUGAACGAAUCGUUCAAAAUGCAUUAGAUAAUGUUAUGAGCAACAGGACAACUGUUAUUGUUGCACACCGUUUAACUACUAUCAGGAAUGCAGACAUUAUCGCCGUAUUGCAAUCAGGCAAAAUUUUGGAGGAAGGAACUCAUGAGGAACUGAUACAAAAUCCAGAAGGAGGAUACUCCCAGUUAAUUCGCCUCCAACAAGGAAAUAAUAAACCCGAGCAUUCUCAUCACAUCGGUGACAAUGGUCAUUCAGAAGUUGAUAGGCAUUUUUCCAAGUCAGGAAGCAAACAUUCCGUGGAAAACACAUCCUCCAUGGAACGAGCACCGUCACAGCACCGCCAGUCUUUCACAGUUCAUGACAUGGGCUUAGGAAUGCCUGUCGGUAUCAAUAUUAUCGAGACGGAAGAAGAUGAUCGUAGCAGUAGAGGAAAGGAGAAGCAUAAAGAUGUUCCAAUGAGAAGACUUGCAUAUAUGAACAAGCCUGAAUUGCCAAUUCUGUUACUUGGAACUAUUGCUGCAGCUAUACAUGGAGCUGUUUUCCCAAUAUUUGGCCUCCUAUUAUCAACAGCCAUCAAAAUAUUCUACGAGCCGCCAGCUAAGCUGAAAAAAGAUUCCGAGUUCUGGGCACUGAUAUAUGUAGUCAUCGGUUUGGUUAAUUUCCUAGUUCUUCCACUUCAGAACUACUUAUUUGGAAUUGCAGGAGGUAGACUGAUCGAAAGAAUCCGUUCUAUGACAUUUGCAAAGGUUGUACACCAAGAUAUCAGCUGGUUUGAUGAUCCUGCUAAUUCGAGUGGUGCAGUCGGAGCAAGAUUGUCUACGGAUGCUUCAACUGUCAGGAGUAUCGUUGGUGAUUCUUUGGCCUUAGUUGUCCAAAAUGCAGCAACGAUCAUAGCAGCGCUAAUUAUAGCAUUCACAGCCAACUGGAUUCUAGCACUUAUAAUUGUCGCAAUAUCGCCAUUACUUCUGUUCCAAGGUUUUUUUCAGGCAAAGUUUUCAAAAGGGUUCAGUGCAGAUUCAAAGGUAAUGUAUGAAGAAGCGAGUCAGGUGGCGAAUGAUGCAGUCGGAAGCAUCAGAACUGUUGCAUCAUUUUGUGCAGAGAAGAAAGUGAUGGAUUUGUAUCAACAGAAAUGUGACGGUCCUGUUAAACAAGGUGUUCGGCUUGGACUUGUUAGCGGUGGUGGUUUUGGCUUCUCAUUCUUAAUUCUCUACUGCACAAAUGCAUUCUGUUUUUACAUUGGAUCAAUUCUGGUGAGACAUGGGAAAGCAACAUUUCCAGAAGUUUUCAAAGUCUUCUUUGCAUUAACAAUUGCAGCAAUUGGGGUUUCACAGUCCAGUGGCCUGGCUCCAGACAAGAGCAAAGCCAAGGAUUCAGCAGCUUCAAUAUUUUCCAUUCUUGACAGAAAACCCCAAAUUGACUCAAGCAGUGAUCAAGGCACUACACUGGCAGAUGUAAAGGGUGACAUUGAGCUAAAACAUGUCAGUUUCAAAUACCCAAUGAGACCAAAUGUCCAAAUUUUCCGAGACUUAACCAUUACUAUUCCCUCCGGAAAGACAGCAGCUUUGGUCGGGGAGAGCGGAAGCGGGAAAUCAACAGUUAUUAGUCUGAUAGAAAGAUUUUAUGAUCCUGAUUCUGGCCAUGUAUAUUUAGACAGCGUAGAUGUCAAGAGUUUUAGACUAAGCUGGUUGAGACAACAAAUGGGAUUAGUAGGCCAAGAACCAAUCCUCUUCAAUGAAACGAUACGUGACAAUAUCGCUUACGGAAAGCAGGGGACAGUUACAGAGGAAGAGAUAAUUGCAGCGACAAAAGCAGCAAAUGCGCAUAACUUCAUUAGUUCAUUACCACAGGGCUACGAAACCUCCGUGGGUGAACGAGGAGUGCAACUAUCUGGUGGGCAAAAGCAGCGAAUAGCCAUCGCUAGAGCGAUAUUAAAGAAUCCGAAAAUUCUCUUGCUCGAUGAGGCAACAAGCGCAUUGGAUGCAGAGUCGGAGCGUGUAGUACAGGAAGCAUUAGAUAAAGUUAUGGUGAACAGAACAACUAUAAUUGUUGCUCAUCGCCUCACUACCAUUAAGGACGCUGACAUCAUUGCGGUAGUGAAGAACGGUGUUAUUGCUGAGGAAGGAACACACGAGACACUGAUAAGGAUUAAAAGUGGAGCUUAUGCUUCCUUAGUUGCACUUCAUAAAAGUGCAACCUAAGGAGAAGCAAAUAGUUUCUGAAUUCUUAAGUUGAACUGGGAGAAGAGUUUUGAAUUAAGAGCAGUACUGUAUGAACACCUAACGUGUUGCAGAGAUUUUUGCAGACAUAGAAAUUGUUGUUUCAGAAAUCUUAACAUGAACUAAUAGAAUAAGUUAAUAAUUCACUCAGAGACA